AUGCAAGGAAAAUUGAAUAUUGCAGAAUCGAGCCAUAAAUCGAUGCCAACGUUUUCAUUUCCUGAUGGUUUAGCUCAUUUCAAUCACAAUGAUCGAUCGUAUCGAUGUUGCUGUGGCUUAUUGCAUAUUAAGACUGCAAUGACAGUUUCUGCUAUCGUGUACAGUAUGCUUCUGGUAUUUCUUCUUGCUGCCAUUAUUUUUGAAUACGCUAGAUUCGACUUUUAUCGACUACUCACCACCGAAUUCACUGGUGUCAUAUCAAUAUUGCUUAUCAUUCAUGCAGUUAUUCGAGAGGACCCCCUCACAGCUGUGAUAUUCUUCGCUGUUCAGAUUGCUACAUUCAUCGUUAUGAGUUUAUUGUGGGCUUUCGGAUUUCGAUUUGGUGCAAUUUUCGACAUAUCAAUUGGUUUCUGUGCACACCCGAUGUUCAUCGCGAUCGGAUAUUUUGGAUACAAAUAUUUCAGUGAUUGGAGAAGUUAUCGACAACGACCAUCGAUCUCGUACACUAUGCGAACAGAUCAGUAA